UCCACACCAACAGAGAACCUGCUCUUCUCUGAGUAUUAGGACCAAGUGCUAUCUAAUCAUGAGUUCCCACCAGCAGAAGCAGCCCUGCACUGUACCCCCUCAGCUGCACCAGCAGCAGGUGAAGCAGCCUUGUCAGCCACCACCCCAGGAACCUUGUGCCCCCAAAACCAAGGAUCCCUGCGACCCUGUUCCUGAGCCCUGCAACCCCAAGGUGCCAGAGCCCUGCCACCCCAAGGCACCUGAGCCCUGCCACCCCAAGGUGCCAGAGCCCUGCCAGCCUAAGGUGCCAGAGCCCUGCCAACCUAAGGUGCCAGAGCCCUGCCAGCCUAAGGUGCCAGAGCCCUGCCAACCUAAGGUGCCAGAGCCCUGCCAACCUAAGGCACCAGAGCCUUGCCACCCCAAGGCACCUGAGCCCUGCCACCCUGUUGUUCCUGAGCCCUGCCCCUCAACUGUCACUCCAUCACCAUACCAGCAGAAGACAAAGCAGAAGUAAUAUUGUCCACAGCCAUGCCUGAAGACCUGAUCACCAGAUGCUGAGGCUGCUGUCCAUCCUGCUUAUGAGUCCCAUUGCCUUGUGCUACCAAUGCUGUGACCUUCAGUCUUAAUCCCUCUCUCCUUGCACCACCUAAAAAGUUGACUCUCAUCCUCAUCCUCAAGGACUCCUGAGCCUCUUAACAUUGCCCAAAGUCAUAUUGAAUGGCUACACUUUUCAUGGCUCAGGAUUCAUCUGAAGGGGGUGGGGAGUGAGACAAGUGUAUGGUCAAUAUUUUCCCCCCAUUAAAUGCCAUUUAACUCCA